UUUUAUCUCUCUCUUUAGAAUCAAUCUCUUGAGAAGCAUACAGCCGCCAUCAUGAUAUAAUCUACCCUUCAAAUUCCUUUUCGCUAAAAAACCCUCUGCACACUUAAAUUAAAACCAAGAAUUUCCUCUCUAGGUUCAUCGGUUACAAUACCAUGGAUCGCCGUGACGGUGUUGAGUUGUUCAGAAAUUUCGCAGCUUUUCAAGAAUUCUCUAUGACUGGAAACCACCACCACCCCGAUGCCACCGGAAACCACCACCACGCAGCGUUUUUCGCUGCCGCCGCCGCCAACCACUAUCUCCAAUCCGACCAGCCCAAUUCCAAUUCCCAAUUCUGGGCCGCCGGAAACCAGCUACCCGCCGCCGCCGCCGGUUUCGUCAAUCACCAGCAGCACAACAACGAUUUUCUUACCGCCGGCAACCAUCUGAACAUGAACGGCACGGGCGUCCACAUCAGCCCUCGCUACGCCGACGACCAAGCGCUGCUGGAAUCCGAAUUUGCGAGGCUCAGCGUCAUGCCGACCGUCCGGCCUUCGGCAUUAAUUACGGCACCGCAGCCUAAUUACAACGGCGGCCGGAACUACUCGAUGUUGAACGACAACAACAACGGGAGAAACAUUAUUGACAUGCGGCAGAUGAGGAUCCAAUCGGCGGCGAGAGGAUUGUACAUGAAUUCCGAUUUCGACGACAAUCUGUACAAUUCUUGGAGGGAUAAUACGAAUUUGAACGGGUAUAAUCAUAAUAAUAGUCAAUUCCGAAAUUCAUAUGAAUUGGGGAUGGGCCGAGGUCGAAGCUUGACGUCGUUGAAGGAUUUGAGGGGGAAGAUCUUCUCAGUGGCGACGGAUCAGAACGGAUGCAGAUUCCUGCAGAGUAAGUUCGAGGAGGGGAAGCCGGAGGAGAUUCAGAUGAUAUUUAUGGAGGUGAAGGAUCAUAUAUGCGAAUUGAUGGUGGAUCAAUUUGGGAAUUAUCUGGUGCAGAAAUUCCUGGCCGCCUGCAAUCAAGAGCAGAUGACACACUUGCUCAUGGCGGUCAUCAAUGACGAGCACAGAUUCAUGGAUAUCUGCGUUGAUACGCACGGAAGUAGAUCUGUGCAGAGAUUGCUUGAGUUUCUGACGACGGCGGAGCAAAGGUCUCGUCUGAUAUCAGUUCUGAGGCGUAUAACUCUUCCACUCACCAAGAGCAUGAACGGCCAUCAUGUCAUUCAGUAUUUCUUGAAAUUCUAUUCUGUUGAAGAUAAAAAGCAUAUACUGAACGUGGUAGCGGAUCACUGCAUGGAGAUUGCGACGGACAAAAGCGGAUGCUGCGUUCUCCAACAAUGCGUGGAGCACGCGGUGGGGGAGCCGCGCGACCGCCUGAUAUCUGAGAUCACCUCCAACGCCCUCAUGCUGUCGGAGCAUCCGUACGGCAACUACGUGGUUCAGUACAUUCUGGGACUGAGAAUGGCGCACGCCACAGGCAACAUCAUCGCCCAGCUAUCUGGCAACAUCGUGUCCUUGUCCAUGAGCAAAUACGGAUCCAAUGUGGUGGAGAAAUUCCUCAAGGAUCCUGACAUCACUCAAGAUACCCAAAUCAUCCCCAUCAUUGAGGAACUCAUCUACAGCCCGCAUUUCUUGAGGGUUCUUCAAGAUCCCUUCGGCAACUACGUUGCUCAAUCUGCCUUUGCAGCCUCUAAGGGAGGUCUGCGCAGCGCCAUGAUCAGUCUGAUUCAGGCCAAUAAUCCCAACCUGCAUAGCCACCCACAUGGAAAGCGUGUGCUUCAGUGUAUCAAAGGAAACAAGAUUCGUGUAUGACAACGUUGUUCUCGUCUCCUCUUUGCUUUCGUGUUGGUGUUGUUGGAUACUCUCUCGUCUCCUCUUUGUUUUCGUGUUCGUGUUGUUUGAUUAGGCGUUUGUUGUGGUACUUUUGUGGUUGGAUUUUGUUGUUGCAUUAGUCUUUUGUUGUGGUUUGUGGUUUUUUAGAAUAAUGCUUUGUUCUUGAGGGGGAGGAUGCACGUCUUUGUUAUUCACUAUGUUUGACUCAAUCGACAAUUAGUUUUGUUGUGUCAUCA